AUGAAGAGGCCCACCUCUCUGGACUGUUCUAACUGGUCAUCUGACUCCAAGUCAAAGUCAGACUCAAAGCCUGAGUCGUAGCCCAAGUCAGGAUCAGACCCUUCCUGGUCAGACUGAUAGUUGGAGUCAGACUCAUAGCCAUGGUCAUACAGAUGCAUUGACAUUUUAGCAAUCCAAAGUUACACAGAGUGUCUCAAAACGACCUGUCUUCUCAGAAGGUUAAGGCAUUUAUGGGGCGGUUGUUGAUUCUGUUUCUAGAAUGUUGUGGGUUUUACAAUGUUAUUGAUGGUUUCUAUGGCAAACCAAGCUUGAUUUGUCGAACCAGACUUCUAAAGUAUAAUGGUUGGCUAUGUGGCCAGGGAGAAAUGGACAUUCAAUCCAAACAACUUAAUUGUCCCCCUGUGUGGAAUGGUACAUACAAUGAAAUGCAUACAAAUUAUACAAAUAUUGCAAAGCAAUAAAGGCAAUAGAUGACCUAACAGAUGACAUCAAUUUAAAAAAGCUGCACUCACAGUCUGUAUAGUUUUACUAUACUGGUGCUGGUCACAGUGUUUCUGAAUCUGUGUGUGUCUUGAGUGUAAUGCCACACAUUUGGUUGUUUCGUUCAUUCAGCAUAAAACUACAUUUACAGUCAUUAGCUGGCUCCGUGGACUAGUUCAAAGUAUCAACAACAACUAAACUCCAAUGAUUAUUGUGGUAUUUGUAAACUGAUUAGCGGUAUGUGUAGCAUUCAUAACUGACAGAAGGUGUGAAUGAAAGCUUGACAUGAAUUCCCUUUCAAUAAAAUCAUAAGGCUGUGUUUACACAUGCAGCCCAUUCUGAUAUUUUGCCCAAUUAUUGGCAAAAGAGCUGAUCUGAUUGUUCCAAAGACAAAUUAGUGGAAAAAUAUCAGAAUUGGUCUGCCUGUGUAAAUGCAGCCAUAAAGCUUAAAAUAUCUGGAUUAUAAUAUUUAAAACACUCUUAUCUUAGUGUGUGCUAGCCUAUAUCUAUUUUAAUGUUCUGUGUGUUUGUGUUUGUUGUCUGUCUGCAGGGCUGGAGUACUGUGUGCGUAUGCAGCUAACCAGAACCUGAGCUCCCAGCUCAAAGGCAUGAAGAGACUGGUUAGCAGUAACCUUAAGGACCUGCAGACCUUUGCCAAUGAGACGCCAACGGUACAGCCUUUUUACGGUAGCUGCAAUGACAGUUAACUGUAGGUGUGCACACAAGGCUAAGUAGAGAAUGUAAGAGAUGGAUAGAUUAAACGUCCUCAUGUAUAUUGUAUGCUUCGCAAAGUGUGUGUGUGUGUGUGAGAUAGCGAGAGACUGACAGAGUAACACAAUCUCUGACUAAAAACAGUCCUGCGUUUCUGUGACUUUCUUCUGCUCUUGUUUUCACAGCAAAUUGAUUACCUAAUAGCACAAUACGCCACUGCCAAGUACUCAGUCAUUUCUGACCUAGAUAGUAAGUAAAGUGCCUGAGGCCACGUCUCCAUAUUGUCUUUGUUCGGUCUAUUGUCUGUUGCAGAAAACGAUGAAUCUAUGGCCAUAUCAGGUCCCCUAGAUACAUAACAGAGUUGGGGUCAAUUUCAUUUCAAUUCAGUCAAUUCAGGAAGUCAACUGAAAUUCUAAUGUUUCUAUUGCUUUUCUAUGAGAGAAAUUGGAAUUGGAAUUUGAACGUCUGUUUACUUCCUGAAUUAAAAUGUAAUUGACCCCAACCCUGAUACAUAAUGAUGCAAUUUCCACAUCCUCAGAUGUGGGUCCUCUGCUUGGAGGGAAGAUUCAUGAGGAAUUGGGCAAAGAGGUGCGUCCUGCACUGGACGGGGUGCUCCGUAUGGCUGGAGGUAUGUCCUGUCCUUAUGAUGUAAUUUCCUCUUUCAGACAGAUGCUGUAAUUGUUUUCCUCUCUACCACACUGACAAUACUGCCCUCAAAUUGGACAUAAGUUAUAAGGAUAUUUUAAGAAUAUACUGUGUAUAGUACAGUAGCAUUGUAGUUCUUAUAGAAAUAUCUUGUUAAUUAGCACAUAACAAGGUGUACUUAAAUGGCUGAAGUAGACAUCCUUCUCUUUCCUUUUUAUUUGUUGUCGUAAAGUCAAAGUUCAGAGGGCCAUUAAAGGUAACAGUAAAUUAACCUUGACCGGUGACCCCUUGACCUUGUGACCUUGAGACUUCACCCUUGUGUCACUCUUGUGAUUGGUCCCCUUGUGGUUCUCCUGGCUCUUGAGCCAAUUGUAGCCUGGUCCAAGAUCUGUUUGUGCCAUUGGCGUGAGAAUGACCAUAGGAAAUGGCAAGACAGCAGAAACAGUUCUGGGACCAGGCUAAAUCGCUAGACAUCCCUGUGUGUGUACAAUAUACUACCUGCCUCUAUUUGGAACUGUCCAAACCUACCUUGUGUGCCAUCUUAAUUAUGAAUCGAUAUGGAUAUAUUAAGUAUAUGGCCUCCCAAGUUCCAACCUUGCUCCAACAGUGGAUUGAACCUGCAACUGUUGUUCACCUGUUCAAUUCUAAAAGCUGUCCCCGUGUGAAUAUGUGUGUGUUAUUUUGUGUGUAAUCAAGGCCAGGGUAUGGAUGUGCAUGUGUGUGUAUUUGGUUUGUGCGUGCGUGCUUGUGUUUUUGUGAAUCUACCGUGUGCAUACGUGUGUGGGUCUUUACUAUGUGCACUCUCACACACACUUUAAAUGGAUCUAGUUCUGUCCUUGAGCUGUUCUUGUCUAUGAAUGUUCUGUAUUAUGUAAUGUUUUGUGUGGACCCCAGGAAGAAUAGCUGCUGCUUUCACAACAGCUAAUGGGGAUCCUAAUAAAAUACCAAAUACCAAAUACUCACCACUUCUCCAUCCUACCCCGUCCCCAUCCCCAGCCAUGCGGGAGACCAAGGAGGCCCUGGAGAACGUGAGGGUGUCUCUGGAGGUUCUCCAGGAGGCGACAGGGAAGCUCCACUUCAACCUGAGCCUGGUGCGCUCCAGCCUGAACAGAACCCUCAACGAUCCGGGCUGCAGCAACGAGGACUCGGAUGCCACCACCGCCCAGCUCUGCCGCUCCAUCCACAGCUCCCUGGCACAGCUCUACGUCAGCGCCAACUUCACCCGGGUAUGCUGGCACACUUAAUUAAAGAUGCUAAUAAUAGUGAUACUGUAAUAAUUAGAUUAAUAUAGCACAAUAUAAGUAUGUGAUGUGUUGCAGUUACCUGAUGUGAACAAUCACCUGGAAAGUGUGAAUCAGGUGCUGAAAACGGACCUCAACGAAAUCAUUCAAAAGGUGAGUCUAGAAAUGUUGCAAAACCUUUAGGUACUGUAUAAGUUGUGAGAUUUUCUUUGAUAUUUGUCAUACUGUAUCAUCAAUGCAAACCUUUCUAUUUUCUUCUCCAAACAGGGCUUCUCCUCAUUCAAUGACACUCCAGGCAUGGUGAGUGACCAGAUGAGGAGCGUAGUCGACGGUGAGUGGCAUCUCUUUAACCUCAUUUAAUGCUCCUAAACAAGUUUCAGAAGACACUAAAUGAAGGGUUAUAUCAUUUUGAGUGUUCAACUUUGCAUUGCCAAGUCAGUCAUCUAUCUAUGGUAUGAAUACUCAUUGAUGGUAAUGUCUUAUACGCCCAAUAAGAUCAAUGUCCAUAUUCCAAUUAUUGACCUACACCUGAACUGUUGUACGCCAAUAACCCAAAAUAUAACGUUGUAUUACUCCAUUAUUUCACUAAUGCCCCUGAAUAUAAAUACACUCUCUCCCUCCCAGGAGCCCGGGGCAUGUUGGACGUCAUCAGCGCCAACAUCAGCAGUUCCUCCAAGGUGUUCCCUGUAAACAGCACUCUGGCCAACUUCACCAACUUCAUCAGUCACACACAGUCCAAGAUAGAAGACUCCUACCCUGAGAUCGAUCAGAUAGACUUCUAUAGGUACAAUCAGGAACUGGGCCCCUAUUCACAAACUGUGUGUCCUAAAUGGUACCCUAUUCCCUAUAUAGUGUGCUACUUUUGACCAGGGCCCAUGAUGGGUAUGGGUGGUCCUCUGUAGCUCAGCUGGUAGAGCACGGUGCUUGUAAAGCCAGGGUAGUGGGUUCGAUCCCCGGGACCACCCAUACACAAAAAUGUAUGCACGCAUGACUGUAAGUCGCUUUGGAUAAAAGCGUCUGCUAAAUGGCAUAUUAUAUUAUUAUUAUUAUUAGAACAAAUAAAGGUCUUCACCUGCCUGGUCUGUGGUAGAUUGACGUAAAGACAAUAGAAUCUGACAGGCUGUAGUCUCCAUUGUUAUGGCAUCUUAUCCUAAUGUAGUGGUUGGUUGUUACUUGUUAUGGGAUCUUAUCCUAAUGUAGUGGUUGGUUGUUACUUGUUAUGGCAUCUUAUCCUAAUGUAGUGGUUGGUUGUUACUUACAUUUUUACAUUUACAUUUUAGUCAUUUAGCAGACGCUCUUAUCCAGAGCGACUUACAGUUAGUGAAUACAUAUUUAUUUUAUACUGGCCCCCCGUGGGAAUAGAACCCACAACCCUGGCGUUGCAAACGCCAUGCUCUAUCAACUGAGCUACAUCCCUGCCGGCCAUUCCCUCCCCUACCCUGGACGACGCUGGGCCAAUUGUGCGCCGCCCAUGAGUCUCCCGGUCGCGGCCGGCUGCGACAGAGCCUGGAUUCGAACCAGGAUCUCUAGUGGCACAGUUAGCACUGCGAUGCAGUGCCUUAGACCACUGCGCCACUCAGGAGACAGUUACUUGUUAUGGCAUCUUAUCCUAAUGUAGUGGUUGGUUGUUAAUUGUUAUGCUGUCUUAUCCUAAUGUAGUGGUUGGUUGUUACUUGUUUUGGCAUCUUAUCCUAAUGUAGUGGUUGGUUGUUACUUAUUCUGGCAUCUUAUCCUAAUGUAGUGCUUGGUUGUUACUUGUUAUGGGAUCUUAUCCUAAUGUAGUGCUUGGUUGUUACUUGUUAUGGCAUCUUAUCCUAAUGUAGUGGUUGGUUGUUACUUGUUAUGGCAUCUUAUCCUAAUGUAGUGGUUGGUUGUUACUUGUUUUGGCAUCUUAUCCUAAUGUAGUGGUUGGUUGUUACUUGUUUUGGUGUCAUAUCCUAUUGUAAUUUUUGGUUGUUACUUGUUAUGGCAUCUUAUCCUAAUGUAGUGGUUGGUUGUUACUUGUUUUGGCAUCUUAUCCUAAUGUAGUGGUUGGUUGUUACUUAUUCUGGCAUCUUAUCCUAAUGUAGUGCUUGGUUGUUACUUGUUAUGGGAUCUUAUCCUAAUGUAGUGCUUGGUUGUUACUUGUUAUGGCAUCUUAUCCUAAUGUAGUGGUUGGUUGUUACUUGUUAUGGCAUCUUAUCCUAAUGUAGUGGUUGGUUGUUACUUGUUAUGGCAUAAUAUCCUAAUGUAGUGGUUGGUUGUUAAUUGUUAUACCAUCUUAGCCUAAUGUAGUGGUUGGUUGUUAAUUGUUAUGCCAUCUUAGCCUAAUGUAGUGGUUGGUUGUUACUUGUUAUGGCAUCUUAUCCUAAAGUAGUGGUUGGUUGUUACUUGUUAUGCCGUCUUAUCCUAAUGUAGUGGUUGGUUGUUACUUGUUAUGGCAUCUUAUCCUAAAGUAGUUGUUGGUUGUUACUUGUUAUGGCGUCUUAUCCUAAAGUAGUGGUUGGUUGUUACUUGUUAUGGCGUCAUAUCCUAAUGUAGUGCUUGGUUGUUACUUGUUAUGCCGUCUUAUCCUAAAGUAGUGGUUGGUUGUUACUUGUUAUGGCAUCUUAUCCUAAAGUAGUGGUUGGUUGUUACUUGUUAUGGCGUCUUAUCCUAAAGUAGUGGUUGGUUGUUACUUGUUAUGGCAUCUUAUCCUAAAGUAGUGGUUGGUUGUUACUUGUUAUGGCAUCUUAUCCUAAAGUAGUGGUUGGUUGUUACUUGUUAUGGCGUCUUAUCCUAAAGUAGUGGUUGGUUGUUACUUGUUAUGGUGUCUUAUCCUAAAGUAGUGGUUGGUUGUUACUUGUUAUGGUGUCUUAUCCUAAAGUAGUGGUUGGUUGUUACUUGUUAUGGCGUCUUAUCCUAAAGUAGUGGUUGGUUGUUACUUGUUAUGGUGUCUUAUCCUAAAGUAGUGGUUGGUUGUUACUUGUUAUGGCGUCUUAUCCUAAAGUAGUGGUUGGUUAUUAUUGUUAUGGCGUCUUAUUCUAAUGUAGUGCUUGGUUGUUACUUGUUAUGGCGUCUUAUCCUAAUGUAGUGGUUGGUUGUUACUUGUUAUGGUGUACUGACUCCAGGGUUCCUCUACAGGUGGAUUUGCUGUAUUGGGCUGUGCUGCAUGGUGGUUCUCAUCGUGGCCUUCAACUUCCUGGCCAUAAUGUGUGGCACCAUGGGAUAUGACAAGCACGCCUCCCCCACCACACGGGGCUGCGUCUCCAACACCGGCGGUACCCUUCUCAUGGCGUGAGUAUUUCUGGCCAGCUAGCUGGCUGGCUGGGUAUCUGUUUGGCAGGUUGUCUAUCUAUCUAUCUAUCUAUCUAUCUAUCUAUCUAUCUAUCUAUCUAUCUAUCUAUCUAUCUAUCUAUCUAUCUAUCUAUCUAUCUAUCUAUCUAUCUAUCUAUCUAUCUAUCUAUCUAUCUAUCUAUCUAUCUAUCUAUCUAUCUAUCUAUCUAUCUAUCUAUCUAUCUAUCUAUCUAUCUAUCUAUCUAUCUAUCUAUCUAUCUAUCUAUCUAUCUAUCUAUCUAUCUAUCUAUCUAUCUAUCUAUCUAUCUAUCUAUCUAUCUAUCUAUCUAUCUAUCUACUGUGUCUGUCUGUCUACACUUUCUACAGUAUAUACAGCACUAAGAGUGUGUAGAUUGAUUGAUUGACUGAUUGAUUGAAUGCUCUAUCUAUGUGUGUCUCCACAGCGGUGUGGGUUUCAGCUUCCUCUUCUCUUGGAUACUGAUGGGAGUGGUGACCGCCACCUUCCUGGUCGGGGGCAACGUGGAGAAGCUGGUCUGUGAGCCCUUCCACACCAAGCAGCUCUUCAAGGCAAGUUAUGAUGUGAUAACUCUUAAUGUGACAAUGUUUAGGUAUUGUAUAUGGUCCUUCUCUAUAAUAAUGGUCUAGAACUGUAUGAUGGUCUUACUGGUCAUUUGUGUCCCAGGUUUUGGACACUCCUCACCUGGUGAACCCUGAGUGGAGGAACUUCAUCCCGGGGUAUAUGUACAACGACUCAGACCUGGAUCUGACAGUGGAGAGUCUCUACAGGUAAUAAUGUACUGGAUGUAUGGAUGUAGCACUUACUACUGGGGAUUCAUUUCUGUGUGUUUUAAUGAUGGCCAAUGUUUUACAUAGACUGGCUGGUCUAAAUAGAAUUAAACUUGAUUACUUAUGGAUAGAACCAGGUCAUAACACUAGAUAUUCCUGUUUUGUGGCAGUGUUUGAUUUAAAUAAAUGUCACAGGAUAAUGUCUGUGUCAAUAUUCUACCUCCUCACAUUCUAUCUGACAUUGCUUAUAAUAAAUGAUUGAAACUAGGGAUGCAUGAAUUGAUUAGUGAUCUUUUAUGCCUGAGAUUUCAGGCAUCUCUCGAUAAGAACAGGCAGCAAAGCUUCAUUAUAUUUCCUUAUAGAGACUAGUCGCCUCAGCUACUACCUAGUCAGGGAGUUAGCCAUGACAUAGUGUGUAAAGACAUGACCAUCCCUUUACCCUUACUUCACUCUCAUUUACAUUUUAGUCAUUUAGCAGACGCUCUUAUCCAGAGCGACUUACAGUUAGUGAGUGCAUAAUUUUUUUUCAUACUGGUCCCCCGUGGGAAUCGAACCCACAACCCUGGCGUUGCAAGCGCCAUGCUCUACCAACUGAGCUACUCUCCCACGUGACCAUUGAAUGUGUUCAGUUAUGUAACUACAAACGAUGGACCUAAAUGUGAAACGUGAGUCAUGCAUUCUGACUUAAUACUUUGCGUUGGAUAAGCUCUCUAAAAGUGAUUUGUGAGAACACUGCUUAUAAAAUGACCGGAAGGCAGCGAUACAGAGCUGAAUAGAGUUCCAACUUUAUUAACUGGGUGGCAGCAGAGAGAGCUAACUAACCAAGGAAUUAAUGAAUGGACGUGAUAAUAUUGACAUUUCUCACUCUCUAUUUCUUUCUCUCUCUCUUUUUUCCCUCUUUUCUUCUCCUCUCUCAGUAAUUGCAAAAAUAACAGAAGUCUCUACUCUGCCAUGCGCCUGGAUAAAGUCUUCAAUGUCACAACCUUGCUAAACUCCAGCCUGGUCAGUAUUCACAUGCAUUGUGCAGUGUGCACUCACUCACUGUAGGAUACUUACUGCAUAUUUCAUACCUGCACAUGGUAACACAUGGAUAUAAUACGCUUUAGUUACUGUAAUCACACUCACACCGAAUCAGACCAUUUUUUUCAAGUAGUUGAGAUGUGUUUGAUUUUACUUGCCUAAAACAAUGUAACCAAUGGAAUAGUCCCAAAAAUUUCAACUAUGCCUAUACUGCACACCAGUCAAGCUAAAUCAAGUGUCUGUAUUCCCACAUUUAGAUUAAUGAGCAUUAGCUAACAAAAUGAGUUAUUGCCAAAACAAAGAGCAGGCCAGUGAACUGUAGCAUUAGCAUUCCUUGACUGUUACCUCAGCCUAUAUCAUUGGUCUUCCUUGACACCAGGCCUGUCUAGUGUCUACCAAGAGGACCGUUCUGUAUCAGCCAGCCAGCUGGCAAGAUUAGCUCGCCUCUUUUAUUAAAUAGUAAAUAAGGAUGGAUAGAGCUGGCUAGCAUAAGUUAGGCUAGAUUAGGGAUGGAUAGAGCUGGCUAGCAUAGGUUUGGCUAGGUUACAAAAAAGGAGAAUGGCGGCGGAGGGAAUGGGUGCCGUUUUAUGGACUCUUAACCAACCGUGCUAUUUUGUAAGUUUUUUCGUAUUGUUUGUAACUUAUUUUGUACAUAAUGUUGCUGCUACCGUCUCUUAUGACCGAAAAGAGCUUCUGGACAUCAGAACAGCGAUUACUCACCUUGAACUGGACGAAGAAUGUUUCUUUAAUGAGUCGGACGAGAGGGAUUUGCUACAGACACCCGACAGGGCCCUCAUCGCCGUCAUUUGCAGUAGAAUAAAAAUAAGAUAUCGCGGAAGGAGAUCGGGUGCCUGGUAAGGAGUCGGCGAUGAGUGGCUAAUCUGCCUUUGCCAUCGAUACUAUUGGCCAACUUACAAUCCCUUGAUAAUAAAGUGGACAAACUAGAAGCACGUAUAUAUCCUACCAACGGGACAUAAAAAAUUGUAAUAUCUUAUGUUUCACUGAGUCAUGGCUGAACGACGACAUGAAUAACAUACAGCUGGCGGGUUAUACACUGUAUCGGCAGGAUAGAACAGCAGCCUCUGGUAAGACAAGGGGUGGCGGUCUAUGUAUAUUUGUAAACAACAGCUGGUGCACGAUAUCUAAGGAAGUUUCAAGGUUUUGCUAACCUGAGGUAGAGUAUCUCAUGAUAAGCUGUAGACCACACUAUCUACCAAGAGAGUUUUCAUCUAUAUUCUUCGUAGCUGUCUAUUUACCACCACAAACCGAUGCUGGCACUAAGACCGCACUCAAUGAACUGUAUACAGCCAUAAGCAAACAGGAAAACGCUCAUCCAGUGGCGGUGCUCCUAGUGGCCAGGGACCACCUUUACUCGACACACAGAGGCGCGUACAAAGCUCUCCCUCGCCCUCCAUUUGGCAAAUCUGACCAUAAUUCUAUCCUCCUGAUUCCUGCUUACAAGCAAAAACUAAAGCAGGAAGCACCAGUGACUCGGUCAAUAAAAAAAUGGUCAGACUGUUUUUCUAGCACAGACUGGAAUGUGUUCCGGGAUUCUUCCGAUGGCAUUGAGGAGUACACCACAUCAGUCACUAGCUUCAUCAAUCGAUGACGUCGUCCCCACAGUGACUGUACGUACAUACCCCAACCAGAAGCCAUGGAUUACAGGCAACAUCCACACUGAGCUAAAGGGUAGAGCUGCCGCUUUCAAGGAGCGGGACUCUAACCCGGACGCUUAUAAGAAAUCCCGCUAUGCCCUCCGACGAAACAACAAACAGGCAAAGCGUCAAUACUGGACUAAGAUCGAAUCGUACUACACCGGCUCCGACGCUGGUCGGAUGUGGCAGGGCUUGCAAACUAUUACAGACUACAAAGGGAAGCACAGCCGCGAGCUGCCCAAUGACAUGAGCCUACCAGACGAGCUAAAUUACUUCUAUGCUCGCUUCGAGGCAAGUAACACUGAAACAUGCAUGAGGGCAUCAGCUGUUCCGGAAGACUGUGUGAUCACGCUCUCCGUAGCCGAUGUGAGUAAGACAGGUCAACAUUCACAAGGCCGCAGGGCCAGACAGAUUACCAGGACGUGUACUCCGAGCAUGCGCUGACCAACUGGCAAUUGUCUUCACUGACAUUCUCAACCUCUCCCUGUCUGAGUCUGUAAUACCAACAUGUUUCAAGCAGACCACCAUAGUCUCUGUGCCCAAGAACACUAAGGUAACCUGUCUAAAUGACUACCGACCCGUAGCACUCACGUCUGUAGCCAUGAAGUGCUUUGAAAGGCUGGUCAUGGCUCACAUCAACACCAUUAUCCCAGAAACCCUAGACCCUCUCCAAUUUGCAUACCGCCCCAACAGAUCCACAGAUGAUGCAAUCUCUAUGGCACUCCACACUGCCCUUUCACACCUGGACAAAAGGUACACCUAUGUGAGAAUGCUAUUCAUGCUCAGUCCCCUCCUGUACUCCCUGUUCACUCAUGACUGCAUGGCCAGGCACGACUCCAACACCAUCAUUAAGUUUGCCGAUGACACAACAGUGAUAGGCCUGAUCACCGUCAACGACGAGACCGCCUAUAGGUCCAAGCUUGUACCCCCAAGCUGUUUAGAAGCCCUCCCCCCUUUACACUGCUGCUACUCUCUGUUUAUUAUCUAUGCAUAGUAACUCUACCUACAUGUACAUAUUACCUCAAUUACCUCGACUAACCGGUGCCCCCGCACAUUGACUCGUUACCGGUACCCCCUGUAUAUAGCCUCGCUAUUGUUAUUUUACUGCUUCUCUUUAAUUAUUAGUUGCUUGUUGUUGUUGUCGUUUUUAAAUGUUUUUAUUUAUUGUAUUUUUUUUGUAUUCUUUCUUAAAAUUGCAUUGUUGCUUAAGGGCUUGUAAGUAAGUAUUUCACUGUAAGGUCUACACCUGUUGUAUUCAGCGCAUGUGACAAGUAAAAUGUGAUUUUAUUUUUUUAUUUAACAUUUACAUUUACGUCAUUUAGCAGACGCUCUUAUCCAGAGCGACUUACAAAUUGGUGCAUUCACCUUAUAGCCAGUGGGAUAACCACUUUACAAUGUUUUUUUUUUUGGGGGGGGUGGGGGUGGGUUGGGGUAAGGGGGGGGGGGGGGGGGAGAAGGAUUACUUUAUCCUAUCCCAGGUAUUCCUUAAAGAGGUGGGGUUUCAAAUGUCUCCGGAAGGUGGUGAGUGACUCCGCUGUCCUGGCGUCGUGAGGGAGCUUGUUCCACCAUUGGGGUGCCAGAGCAGCGAACAGUUUUGACUGGGCUGAGCGGGAACUAUGCUUCCGCAGAGGUAGGGGAGCCAGCAGGCCAGAGGUGGAUGAACGCAAUGCCCUCGUUUGGGUGUAGGGACUGAUAAGAGCCUGAAGGUACGGAGGUGCCGUUCCCCUCACAGCUCCGUAGGCAAGCACCAUGGUCUUGUAGCAGAUGCGAGCUUCAACUGGAAGCCAGUGGAGUGUGCGGAGGAGCGGGGGUGACGUGAGAGAACUUGGGAAGGUUGAACACCAGACGGGCUGCAGUAUUCUGGAUGAGUUGUAGGGGUUUAAUGGCACAGGCAGGGAGCCCAGCCAACAGCGAGUUGCAGUAAUCCAGACGGGAGAUGACAAGUGCCUGGAUUAGGACCUGUGCCGCUUCCUGUGUAAGGCAGGGUCGUACUCUCCGAAUGUUGUAGAGCAUGAACCUACAGGAUCGGGUCACCGCCUUGAUGUUAGCGGAGAACGACAGGGUGUUGUCCAGGGUCACGCCAAGGCUCUUCGCACUCUGGGAGGAGGACACAACGGAGUUGUCAACCGUGAUGGCGAGAUCAUGGAACAGGCAGUCCUUCCCCGGGAGGAAGAGCAGCUCCGUCUUGCCAAGGUUCAGCUUGAGGUGGUGAUCCGUCAUCCAUACUGAUAUGUCUGCCAGACAUGCAGAGAUGCGAUUCGCCACCUGGUUAUCAGAAGGGGGAAAGGACAAGAUUAGUUGUGUGUCGUCUGCGUAGCAAUGAUAGGAGAGGCCAUGUGAGGAUAUGACAGAGCCAAGUGACCUGGUGUAUAGCGAGAAUAGGAGAGGGCCUAGAACUGAGCCCUGGGGGACACCAGUGGUGAGAGCACGUGGUGCGGAGACAGCUUCUCGCCACGCCACUUGGUAGGAGCGACCGGUCAGGUAGGACGCAAUCCAAGAGUGAGCCGCGCCGGAGAUGCCCAGCUCGGAGAGGGUGGAGAGGAGGAUUUGAUGGUUCACAGUAUCAAAGGCAGCAGACAGGUCUAGAAGGACAAGAGCAGAGGAGAGAGAGUUAGCUUUAGCAGUGCGGAGAGCCUCCGUGACACAGAGGAGAGCAGUCUCAGUUGAAUGACCAGUCUUGAAACCUGACUGGUUUGGAUCAAGAAGGUAAUUCUGAAAGAGAUAGCAAGAGAGUUGGCUAAAGAUGGCACGCUCAAUAGUUUUGGAGAGAAAAGAAAGAAGGGAUACUGGUCUGUAGUUGUUGACAUCAGAGGGGUCGAGUGUUGGUUUUUUGAGAAGGGGUGCAACUCUCGCUCUCUUGAAGACGGAAGAGACAUAGCCAGCGGUCAAGGAUGAGUUGAUCAGCGAGGUGAGGUAAGGGAGAAGGUCACCGGAGAUGGUCUGGAGAAGAGAGGAGGGGAUAGGGUCAAGCGGGCAGGUUGUUGGGCGGCCUGCCGUCACAAGUCGCAAGAUUUUAUCUGGAGAGAGAGGGGAGAAAGAAGUCAAAGCAUAGGGUAGGGCAGUGUGAGCAGGACCAGCAGUGUCAUUUGACUUAACAAACGAGGAUCGGAUGUCGUCAAACUUCUUUUCAAAACGGUUGACGAAGUCAUCCACAGAGAGGGAGGAGGGGGGAGGGGGGGGGGGGGGGGAUUCAGCAGGGAGGAGAAUGUGGCAAAGAGCUUCCUAGGGUUAGAGGCAGAUGCUUGGAAUUUAGAGUGGUAGAAAAUGGCCUUAGCAGCAGAAACAGAUGAAGAAAAUGUAGAGAGGAGGGAGUGAAAAGAUGCCAGGUCCGCAGGGAGUCUAGUUUUCUUCCAUUUCCGCUCUGCUGCCCGGAGCUCUGUUCUGUGAGCUCGCAAUGAGUCAUCAAGCCACGGAGCUGGAAGCGAGGACCGAGCCGGCCGGGAGGAUAGGGGACAUAGAGAGUCAAAGGAUGCAGAAAGGGAGGAGAGGAGGGUUGAGGAGGCAGAAUCAGGAGAUUGGAGGGAGAAGGAUAGAGCAGAGGGAAGAGAUGAUAGGAUGGAAGAGGAGAGAGUAGCGGGAGAGAGAGAGCGAAGGUUGCGACGGCGCAUUACCAUCUGUGUAGGGGCAGAGUGAGUAGUGUUGGAGGAGAGCGAGAGAGAAAAGGAUACAAAGUAGUGGUCGGAGACAUGGAGGGGAGUUGCAGUGAGAUUAGUAGAACAACAGCAUCUAGUAAAGAUGAGGUCAAGCGUAUUGCCUGCCUUAUGAGUAGGGGGGGACGGUGAGAGGGUGAGGUCAAAAGAGGAGAGGAGUGGAAAGAAGGAGGCAGAGAGAAAUGAGUCAAAUGUAGACGUAGGGAGGUUGAAAUCCCCCAGAACUGUGAGGGGUGAGCCAUCCUCAGGAAAGGAACUUAUCAAGGCGUCAAGCUCAUUGAUGAACUCUCCAAGGGAACCUGGAGGGCGAUAGAUGACAAGGAUAUUAAGCUUAAAUGGGCUAGUGACUGUGACAGCAUGGAAUUCAAAUGAGGAGAUAGACAGAUGGGUCAGGGGAAAAAUUGAGAAUGUCCACUUGGGAGAGAUGAGGAUUCCUGUGCCACCACCCCGCUGACCAGAUGCUCUCGGGGUAUGCGAGAACACAUGGUCAGACGAGGAGAGAGCAGUAGGAGUAGCAGUGUUUUCAGUGGUAAUCCAUGUUUCCGUCAGCGCCAAGAAGUCGAGGGACUGGAGGGUAGCAUAGGCUGAGAUGAACUCUGCCUUGUUGGCAGCAGAACGGCAGUUCCAGAGGCUGCCUGAGACCUGGAACUCCACGUGGGUGGUGCGUGCAGGGACCACCAGGUUAGAGAGGCAGCAGCCACGCGGUGUGAGGCGUUUGUAUAGCCUGUGCGGAGAGGAGAGAACAGGGAUAGGCAGAGGCAUAGUUGACAGGCUGCAGCAAAUGGCUACAAUAAUGCAGAGGAGAUCGGAAUGAAAUGAACUAAACAUCUGGGAAAGGAGAGAGCGGGGCCUCCCUCACCACAACUCCCAAAUAUAACUCUCCCAACUUCCACCUCAGAAACUAUAAUUGUUGUAAACUACAGCGGUUCAAUGUUUUCUAGGAAUAGACUAACUUAGUUUAUUCAGCUAGCUAACUAGGUACAGUAUUAUUCCGUGAAAAUCGUCCGGGCACCUAGUCAUAAGACGCCACAGCCAGCUAGCAUGCCGGACUCCAACAACACGGUUUAGCGCCAAUACUCGGCCACAACAAACCACCAGUGUAUCAACACGCAAGCAGAUCGUUCGUGUCCGUGUCUAACGUUGUGGGUUAGUCCCGACAGCUUGAGCGAGUCCGUCGUCAACUUAUUCAGCCAGUUAGUUAGCUAGAAUAGUUAGCAAGCUAGCUAGCCAUUGCUUUCAGACAAAGAAGAACCCCUCCUUUCACGGCACGAACACACAGAGAGAGCCAAGCUAACGUUAACUAGUCACCCAUGUCCCGAAUUCCUUGAACGACUCGGGCUACCAAUAUGUAAAAAACAAAACACAAAUGUAAGUUAUGACUUACCCCUAGCAGCUACUGUUAGCUAGCCAAGUGCAAAGCUAGCCACUGAAUUGACUCAGCCAGUUCGCGUCUGUUCGCUAGGUCGUUCCAGCUAUUGUUUACUAGUAGCUAUCCAGGUAGCAACAAGCUAGCUAAAUUUCAAGCACAGUAGCCACUUGCUACCUAACGUUAACGGUUCAGACAAUGAGGUUAGAAAACAGCUGAAUGGUAGGCAAUUAUUGUAUGUAAUUAUUGUAGGCAGCCAGCUGGCGUAAUUACAGGCACUCUCAGGCGUGAAACAACUAUACCGUUGCUAAUAGCUACUCGCCAGCUAGUCCAGGUGGUGGGUUAGCUAGCUAGCUUCGUGCUACACCGGGCACAGCCGAAUACAAUACUAACCUACAAUAAUUACAUACAACAACCCACGAUAACUACCUACAAUACCUAACUACAAUCUAAAUACAUAGUUUAAGCCUUACUCGACAAAGCCCAAGCUAUGUAUAAAGCCAAGCUUACCCGACGCCAAGCUUAACUGACGACCUCCUCCUUCGACGGGUGACUGUAAUAGCAUUCUAUAUAUAUAUAUAUAUAGACCCCAAACAAAAAAGCUUAUGGUUAUUGACAUUUGUUAUUUAUUUUGUUCUUAUCUAUUGUUUUUCAAUGUGGUUCUUAGCUAGUGAGGAUUUGUUGUGUCUUAGCUCGGGCUGCCCUGUUUUUUUCAGUCCUAUUAUAUGAGUGUGUAGAAGACACAACGGAAAGAAAACAGGCCGUCUUAAUCUGUACUUUGUAUCAAUGAAUGGGGUUGCCUAGGAAGUAGGAAGACCCUCUUUGAAUUAAGAGGGGCCUCAAUGUAAAGUUUGUGUUGCUAGGUAGGGUAACAGAGUCCUACCCUGUCACUGGUCUGUGUUACCGCUCCAGCACCACACCACCACUAAGGAAAUCAAUAACAAACCCCUCUGUUUACAUAACGCUGAAUUACCAAGUAAACAACUUUGUUUUGAUCACCAUUUUGUUCUAAGCUCUCUAAAAUAGUCUUGACCAUAGAAUUCUAUUUCUAUGUUCUCGACUCUCGCGGUACCAGACCUCAACACCGAGAUCAAGGCUACUAAAGUGGAGGCUACUAAAAUAGUUUUUGAAAACAAACCAAUUGCACAAAUGGAAACACGCGUUUUUGCUCUUGCAACAACCAUGUGCAAUGAAGAUUGGCAUAAACAAACAGAUUCGCGCCUGUAACAUUUCACCUGAAGGGUACCUACAUAAGGACUUUAAAACACAUUCAUAACCCAUCCAUUACAUAUCAAAUGUAACUAGGUUCCCUCUCUGUUUCCAGUACAGCAGGGAGUUGGUGAGGAUGUUUGAAAGUGUAAAAUUGACAGAAGGGCUUCAUAAACCCACAUUCGUUAUCAAUAUAUACCACAUUCAUAGCUAUUGCUUAUCUUUAUCGAUGUAGCUGACUGUUCUCCCUGUGUUUCCAGUACACCAAGGAGUUGGGGAAGAUGUUUGACAGUGUGAAGAUUGACCUGAGAGGUAUUGUCCUGCUGGAGUCUGAGGGGAAACAGAGCCUCAUUGACUUCUCUGAGACGGGCGUCGCCGAGAUCAACUAUGCAGCGUAUCUGGAGGAGGUAGAGUACUGGCAUUGAGGGGAAAUCUCAAUCUAAAAAUACUUUCUCCCCGCCUAUCGUUCAUUUCUAUAGUUUAAAGUGGCUUCCUCUACUCGACUCCUCUCCUCAUCUCAAUAGUCUAAAGGCUCCUCCUCUCCCUGUCUCAAUAGUCUAAAGUGUCCUCCUCUCCUUAUCUCAAUAGUCUAAAGGCUCCUCCUCUCCUUAUCUCAAUAGUCUAAAGUAUCCUCCUCUCCUUAUCUCAAUAGUAUAAAGUGUCCUCCUCUCCUUAUCUCAAUAGUCUAAAGGCUCUUCCUCUCCUUAUCUCAAUAGUCUAAAGUGUCCUCCUCUCCUUAUCUCAAUAGUCUAAAGUAUCCUCCUCUCCUUGUCUCCUAUUCUCUCUUUCGUCUUAAUAGUCUACUUUGGCUUCAUCUCCUCAUCUCUUCUCCUCCUUGUCUCCGCUCCUUCAUCUCAAGCCACUGUAGACUUUUCAGAUAUACCUUCAAAAGACACACUAGCAUACUUGUGCGACACAUCACUAAAGAUAGUUAUAAUUUCAGACGCUAACCUGCUUCAAAGCAACAUCCUGCAUUAGUGACUUAUCUUUGAACGGAAGAUUAAGUUCCUGUAUGCAAGACAGAUGUAUACAAUAUUAACCAGCGUAGGAAUACUUAACUGUCAAAUCAUAUAUUCUCUCAUUUUAGGAUGUACAUUUAACAUGAGAUACCACGAUGGAUUUAGUAUUUGCUUCUGUUAUGGCUAACCAGGAUUUAGCUAGCAUCUUCCUGGGGUCUUCCUGAGUACUUCCUGGGGUUUUCCUGGGGUCUUCCUGAGUACUUCCUGGUGUCUUCCUGGGGUCUUCCUGGGAUCUUCCCAUGGUCUUCCUGGGGUCUUCCUGAGGUCUUCCUGGGUUCUUCCUGGGUUCAUCCUGGGGUCUUCCUGGGGUAUACAUCUAUUAAUAGGAUUGACCACACUUCCAGGGUUACAAGAUAGCGAUGCGCCACUGCUAAAUGAAUAUAGGGGAAACACUGAUGUAUCUCUAGCAGUUGAUUCGUUUAUAGCUACUCUUUCCAAAAGCACAGUGUUUAAUAAGAUAUAGACCUCAGAUUAUGUCUUCUCUUUAUAGUGUGAUAUUACAAGGCUUAUAAAUGUUAGCUAUGUCUCUAUGUGCACAGUUGCACAACUGACUCUAUAUGGCUGUUAUUAUAAGAUGAGAAGACAGAAGGGUGUCAUACAUGCUUAUGAAAAGUCUUAUAAUGCAUUGUAACAGCAUCAUAAUACAUUAUAAUCCUAUUUCUGUUCAUUUGCAGGUCAACAAAGGCGUGACUCAGGUGGACUUACUGUCGUACGCCAAUGAGCUGGAGGCACAGACAGACCUAAUGGUGAGAAGAACAUACAACCAACCGUCCAAUAAAAACUCUUACUGAAAAACCAACACGACUCCAACCAACCACACUAUGUUUUCUCAGUGUACCAGUAGAUUGAAACUUUAUUUACACCACGAUCCAAGACAGGGAUUCAAUGGAAUGGGAGUUCAGAUCUAAAGCUAUGUGAAAGCUCCUCGUGUCUUCAUCAACUGCAUAGCCUCGUGGCGGUUUGCUGUCCACACACACAAACACAAACACACACACACACUGAAGCAGUCUCUGAAAGCACUUUUUAAUGUUCUGCCUUCCGUUUAGGGGUUGGAAGCUCACACAAGCUCCCCAUUCAUGGCCCAAAAUGUUGCUGAGUCCAACUCUGGGUCCUCCACCACCUGCCAUGGGCUCAGGGGCAGUGGAGCCAGUUUAAAGUAGUCUUCUGUGGGGUGAUAUGUGCCCCUGCCGGUGCCCCCCUAAUAUUCAUCUGGUGCCCAUCUGUCCUGGUGCCCCAUGUCCUGUUGGCAUUGAGAACACACACACACUGGACUGAGAAUGGUUCACCCAUAUAGAGAUAAUAUAAAUUACUUGAUUCUACAUGUAAGUCUAUGGGUUCAAUAUGUAUUUUAUAUGCUGCAUUACGUUCAUUGAUUUAAGGCAGUCUCUUAUACUAAGUGGUUUGCUGUGUGUAGGCCUGUGUACUAUAGAGUUUUGCACAGAUUGCGCAUUUCUCUAAAUAUUUAUAAAUGUAUACAUACUGUACAUUUAAUGUAGUUUACAACAGGUUAUUGGAAGGAAAACAUCUGUGUGUGUGUGUUUUUACAUACAGUGAGGGGAAAAAAGUAUUUGAUCCCCUGCUGAUUUUGUACGUUUGCCCACUGACAAAGAAAUGAUCAGUCUAUAAUUUUAAUGGUAGGUUUAUUUGAACAGUGAGAGACAGAAUAACAACAAAAAAAUCCAGAAAAACGCAUGUCAAAAAUGUUAUAAAUUGAUUUGCAUUUUAAUGAGGGAAAUAAGUAUUUGACCCCUCUGCAAAACAUGACUUAGUACUUGGUGGCAAAACCCUUGUUGGCAAUCACAGAGGUCAGACGUUUCUUGUAGUUGGCCACCAGGUUUGCACACAUCUCAGGAGGGAUUUUGUCCCACUCCUCUUUGCAGAUCUUCUCCAAGUCAUUAAGGUUUCGAGGCUGAUGUUUGGCAACUCGAACCUUCAGCUCCCUCCACAGAUUUUCUAUGGGAUUAAGGUCUGGAGACUGGCUAGGCCACUCCAGGACCUUAAUGUGCUUCUUCUUGAGCCACUCCUUUGUUGCCUUGGCCGUGUGUUUUGGGUCAUUGAAAUGCUGGAAUACCCAUCCACGUCCCAUUUUCAAUGCCCUGGCUGAGGGAAGGAGGUUCUCACCCAAGAUUUGACGGUACAUGGCCCCGUCCAUCGUCCCUUUGAUGCAGUGAAGUUGUCCUGUCCCCUUAGCAGAAAAACACCCCCAAAGCAUAAUGUUUCCACCUCCAUGUUUGACGGUGGGGAUGGUGUUCUUGGGGUCAUAGGCAGCAUUCCUCCUCCUCCAAACACGGCGAGUUGAGUUGAUGCCAAAGAGCUCCAUUUUGGUCUCAUCUGACCACAACACUUUCACCCAGUUCUCCUCUGAAUCCUUCAGAUGUUCAUUGGCAAACUUCAGACGGGCAUGUAUAUGUGCUUUCUUGAGCAGGGGGACCUUGCGGGCGCUGCAGGAUUUCAGUCCUUCACGGCGUAGUGUGUUACCAAUUGUUUUCAUGGUGACUAUGGUCCCAGCUGCCUUGAGAUCAUUGACAAGAUCCUCCCGUGUAGUUCUGGGCUGAUUCCUCACCGUUCUCAUGAUCAUUGCAACUCCAUGAGGUGAGAUCUUGCAUGGAGCCCCAGGCCGAGGGAGAUUGACAGUUAUUUUGUGUUUCUUCCAUUUGCGAAUAAUCGCACCAACUGUUGUCACCUUCUCACCAAGCUGCUUGACGAUGGUCUUGUAGCCCAUUCCAGCCUUGUGUAGGUCUACAAUCUUGUCCCUGACAUCCUUGGAGAGCUCUUUUGUCUUGGCCAUGGUGGAGAGUUUGGAAUCUGAUUGAUUGAUUGCUUCUGUGGACAGGUGUCUUUUAUACAGGUAACAAACUGAGAUUAGGAGCACUCCCUUUAAGAGUGUGCUCCUAAUCUCAGCUCGUUACCUGUAUAAAAUACACCUGGGAGCCAGAAAUCUUUCUGAUUGAGAGGGGGUCAAAUACUUAUUUCCCUCAUUAAAAUGCAAAUCAAUUUAUAACAUUUUUGACAUGCGUUUUUCUGAAUUUUGUUGUUGUUAUUCUGUCUCUCACUGUUCAAAUAAACCUACCAUUAAAAUUAUAGACUGAUCAUUUCUUUGUCAGUGGGCAAACGUACAAAAUCAGCAGGGGAUCAAAUACUUUUUUCCCUCACUGUAUAUCUGAACCUAUGGGGUGACUGGUAUCCUCGAGGUUAGAGCGUUGGGCCAGUAACCAAAAGGUCACUGGUUUGAAUCCCAGAGCCGACAAGGUGAAAAAUCUGUCGCUUUGUCCUUGAGCAAGGUACUUAACCUCAAUUUCUCCAGGGAUGCUGGACAAUGGUGACCCUGGCAGUGUCUCAGGGCCAGUUUGGAUAUGCAAGAAACACAUUUCCAUGACACACUUGUACAAGAAACACCCACAAGUGUGUAACAGGACAAAUAUAAGCACCCCCCAAAUUAAUAAUCAUUCUUACCUCUUUGUAUGUGUGUCUGAAACUCUGUCUGUGUGUGUCCUCAGCCCAAAGGGCCCCUCCAGACCAAUCUAAAGGGCCACGCCAACAGUCUCCGGCAGAUCCACAGUCAGCUGGUCAUCCCUAUGGAGCAGGCCAUGGUAAUCAACUAUCUAUCUUCAAUCAUUCUUUUUUAGGUUAACAUCCAUGUCUGGGCCCAUCAGUGCUCAGCUUCACUGGACUGGCAGAAAUGGCCAUGGCCGUAGUCAUGAUCUACCCUCUUAGAAGAAAAGGAGCUAUAUCUAGAACCUAAAAGGGUUCUUCAGCUGUCCUCAUAAGAGAACCCUUUGAAGAACCCUUUUUCCCAAGAGUGUACUGUGUGUGUAUGUGUGUGUGUAUGUAUAUAUGUAUGUAUGUAUGUAUGUAUGUAUGUAUGUAUGUAUGUAUGUGUGUGUGUGUGUGUGUGUGUGUGUGUGUGUAUGUGUGUAUGUUCUCAGAACUCUACAUGUGGGAGGAAUUUGACACGUCAUUGCCAGACGUUGAUACAACCUCAGUGAAGCUUUCCUCUCUCCAACGUCUGUAUUGACUAUCACCCAAAGCCUCUAGAAUAUAGAGCUAGACCAGGGCUCUCCAACCCUGAUCCUGGAGAGAUACUCUCCUGUAGGUUUAAACUCCAACCCUGUUCCUGGAGAGAUACUCUCCUGUAGGUUUUAACUCCAACCCUGUUCCUGGAGAGAUACUCUCCUGUAGGUUUUAACUCCAACCGUGUUCCUGGAGAGAUAACCUCCUGUAGGUUUUAACUCCAACCUCAGUUGUAACUAACCUGAUUCAGCUUAUCAAGCAGCUAAUUAUUAGAAUCAGGUGUGCUAGAUUAGGGUUGGAGUUAAAACCUACAGGAGGGUUGCUAUCCAGGAACAGGGUCGGAGGUCAAACCUACAGGAGGGUUUCUCUCCAGGAACAGGGUUGGAGUUAAAACCUACAGGAGGGUAUUUCUCCAGGAACAGGGUUGGAGUUAAAACCUACAGGAGGCUAGAUCUCCAGGAACCGGGUUGGAGUUAAAACCUACAGGAGGAUCAGGGUUGGAGAGCCCUGAGCUAGAGAGACACAUAGGUAUUAUUGACCUGCACGAAUCAGACCUGGGUCAAACAAUUAAGUCUGAUCAUUUCAAAUAGUUGAAAAUGUGUGCGGUGCGCUUGAUUUAUUUGUGUUUUUUGGGAGUACAUAUAACAUUGGUUUGCACUUUUGGGACUAUUCCAUUGGUUGCAUUGUACCGGGCAAACCAAACCAAGUGCAGCACAUCUGACAUAUGUAUUUGACCCAGGUAUCAAUUGUUGUGCAGUCAAACAAUAGAACCCUGAAAAGGCUAGGAUAUUGAAGUAGCUGACUGUUACAUUCACCAGGGCAAAUUAAUCAUAUAUUUUGCUAUAUCUCGCACCCGUAUUUGGCUCUUUAAAAGGCCUCAACAUAUAUACGCACAUGACAUCACAGUAGCUCCCAUAUGUGUUUCUCCCAAAAUACCACAAUAUCCCCAUACAUUUUGAAGUCAUUCUUAUUACGAAGAAAUGCUGAGUUUUAGAGAUCUAUCUUAUCUUUUUCUUUCUAUAUUUCCCCUUUAACUCUUCCGACUUUAAUUAAUGGCUGCCAAGAAAUAUGUUAGAGCGAGGGUAAGCAUGUGUCUCCAAAAUGGAUCUGUGUCCGUCUUGUACUGUUGAGGCCGCUGCUCCAUUCUCCCAUCCUUCAAAGCUCAUAUUGACUUUUUAUUUUCAAAUGUCAUUUUUAUUUUUAAAUGAAAGCCUAUGCCUUGCUAAUAUCGAUAUCAAACGAUAUCGAUAUCAUAUCAAAUUAUCAGUAUUGGUGCCCAUCAUUAGUUAUGCAAGAGUUGUCCAUGUUCCUUGUACCUCGAAUCCAAGGGGCUUCCCUGGCAUGCCGUGACCAUUACCAUGAACUUCCAUUCUCUUUUAGGCCAGGGUAGAGGCUUAUAAAUGAGAUUCGUUAGUACACCACGCUGAUUCAGACCCGAAUGACAUGAUUUUACAAAGUGCAAGAUUGGGUCCUUUACAGGCCAUGUAAAAUAAAUCAGUAUUUGGGAUCUGUGUGUAAUUUGUUAAUACUACAAUAAUCUGGUGCUGACUAAUUACCAUGUACAUAUACCAGCAUGGAGUUGAUCAUUUGUCACAUUUUCUAUUUAAGCUACACCCGUUGCUGACAGGUGUAUAAAAGCUCCAUAGCAUUGGCAGUAGAAUAGCCUUACUGAAGAGCUCAGUGACUUUCAACGUGGCACCUUCAUAGGAUGCCAACUUUCCAACAAGUCAGUUCGUCAAAUUUCUGCCCUGCUAGAGCUGCCCCGGUCAACUGUAAGUGCUGUUAUUGUGAAGUGGAAACGUUUAGGAGCAACAAUGGCUCAGCCGCCAAGUGCUAGGUCACACAAGCUCACAGAACGGACCACCGGGUGCUCAAGUGCGUAAGAAUUGUCUGUCCUCGGUUGCAACACUCACUAACGAGUUCCAAACUGCCUCUGGAAGCAACGUCAGCACAAGAACUGUUUGUUGGGAGCUUCAUGAAAUUGGUUUCCAUGUCAGAGCAGCCGCACACAAUUCUAAGAUCACCAUGCGCAAUGCCAAGCAUCGGCUGGAGUAGUGUAAUGGGCGGCGCACAAUUGGCCCAGCGUCGUCCAGGGUAGGGGAGGGAAUGGCCGGCAGGGAUGUAGCUCAGUUGAUAGAGCAUGGCGUUUGCAACGCCAGGGUUGUGGGUUCGAUUCCCACGGGGGGCCAGUAUAAAAAAAUAUGUAUUCACUAACUGUAAGUCGCUCUGGAUAAGAGCGUCUGCUAAAUGACUAAAAUGUAAAUGUAAAUGUAAAUGUGUAAAGCUCGCCGCCAUUGGACUCUGGAGCAGUGGAAAUGCUUUCUCUGGAGUGAUGAAUCACGCUACACCAUCUGGCAGUCCGACGGACAAAUCUGGGUUUGGCGGAUGCCAGGAUGACACUACCUGCCCGAUGCAUAAUGCCAACUGUAAAGUUUGGUGGAGGAGGAAUAAUGUUCUGGGGCUGUUUUUCAUGGUUCGGGCUAGGCCUCUUAGUUCCAGUGAAAGGAAAUCUUAAUGCUACAGCAUACAAUGACAUUCUAGAUGAUUCUGUGCUUCCAACUUGGUGGCAACAGUUUGGUUAAGGCCCUUUCCUGUUUCAGCAUGACAAUGCCCCCGUGCACAAAGCAAGGUCCAUACAGAAAUGGUUUGUCGAGAUCGGUGUGGAAGAACUAGACUGGCCUGCACAGAGCCCUAACCUCAACCCCAUAGAACACCUUUUUGAUAAAUUGAAAUGCCGACUGCGAGCCAGGCCUAAUCGCCCAACAUCAGUGCCCGACCUCACUAAUGCUCUUGUGGCUGAAUGGAAGCAAGUCCCUGCAGCAAUGUUCCAACAUCUAGUGGAAAGCCUAACCAGAAGAGUGGAGGCUGUUAUAGCAGCAAAGUGCUAUAACAGCCUCCAUUAAUGCCCAUGAUUUUGGAAUGAGAUGUUCGAUGAGCAGGUAUCCACAUACUUUUGGUCAUGUAGUGUAUUUUGCAACACAUUUCUCACGACCAAAAUCCACAUGAAAUAGCCAUUGUUGUUGUUGUAGUUUCAUAUGAAGCAUUUUCCUCCCAGUGGGAACCAUGUCGCUCUUCUUUCCCUAUGUGUGAUAAAAGUAGAACCGUAUCUUCAAGCAUCAUGGUGAUGCUUGUGCCUGUCUAGUCUCCCCUGUGUUUCAGUGGUGUGUGUUUUAGGGGUUAUUACAGUCUCUAACCCAUGACCUUUGACAUCUGGGGUGUUAACUUGUGUUGUACAUUUUCCCUUAAAAGAGUACGCUGAAUCAGAGCAUCAGACUACUCGAAAGGACUGCCUCAGACCUGCCGGUAAGUGGGCCUCCUACAAACCAUGUACCCUAACAAGUCACACUGUCUCAAUCAACAUCAAGCAUUCGUAAUGCAUGCAUAAACACUGAAUAAAGACUACGUAACAUCUCCAUAGACUGUUAUGAAAGCAUCUUGAGCAUUCUUCUGCUCUGUCUUGUCCAGAACAAAAUCACUGAUGUGCUGAAGACCAUCGAAGCGGCCCAGUAUCUCAUCUCCCAGAAUGCCACACAUGUCGUCAACCAGGUGAUUAAGAUGGCUUCCCAAUCAUUGUUUACAUUUCAAUGCUAGGAUAUAACUCAGUAGCUAACAUAUUAUCCCUCUUUCCAUUAGGAAACAGAAAAGUACAAGCAAACCAUUGUUGGUUACUUCAGGCAAUACAAAGAGUGGGUCAGGACCUCCGUAAGUAUUUGUGUCCCAACAGUUUGUUAAUGCCUAUUACAGUUCUUAUAUUAGAAUUAUGACGUAGAAGGUAAACCUGUGUUAGCUCCCAAACUAUGUUGACAUACAGCUUAUCAACUUCUCAUUCUCUGAGAAUGUUAAGACUUUUGGGUCUAAAUAUAGAAAGAACACAAAUGGAAACCAACUUUGGAAUUUCCUCUGUGAACCUUGAACCUUGUUUUCCCUGUGAGCCUUGAACCUUGUUUUUCCCUGUGAGCCUUGAGCCUUGUUUUUUCCAUGUACCCUUGAACCUCAUUUUCCCCUGUGAGCCUUAAACCUUGUUUUCCCUGUGACCCUUGAACCUUAUUUUCCCGUUCACCCUUGAACCUUGUUUUCCCUGUUACUCUUGAACCUUGUUUUCCCCUGUGAUCCUUGAACCUUGUUUUCCCCUGUUAUCCUUGAACCUUGUUUUCCCCUGUGAGCCUUGAACCUUGUUUUUUUUAUGUUACCCUUGGACCUCGUUUUCCCUGUUACCCUUGAACCUAAUUUUCCCCUGUGAGCCUUAAACCUUGUUUUCCCUGUGACCCCUGAACCUUGUUUUCCCUGUGACCCUUGAACCUUAUUUUCCCGUUAACCCUUGAACCUUGUUUUCCCUGUUACUCUUCAACCUUGUUUUCCCCUGUGAGCCUUGAACCUUAUUUUCCCCUGUGAGCCUUGAACCUUAUUUUCCCCUGUGAGCCUUGCACUUUGUUUUCCCCUGUGAGCCUUGAACCUUGUUUUUCCCUGUGAGCCUUGAACCUUGUUUUCCCUGUGAGCCUUGAACCCUGUAGCAUAAGGAGGACAUUAGAUAAAGCAGUACUGAGUACUGGUAAAUUACUGUUGUACUGUUUGAACACACUGCUUUUCAGUGUGCCAAAAGUAACAGCUCUGCUGACUUGUUUGCAAUCAACUUAGUCAUCAAUCGUACAUGUGUAAAGCUAUAAAAUCCCUUAAUUUUCCAGAAAUUCCAACCGACAACUUUCCUAAUUGUUUGCCAAUGGUAUAACUGUAACAGUUGCCCUUUGUCUGCAUGGUUUACCCAGCUGACCAUGGAGGUAGCAGCCUGCAAACCCUUCAGCAACAUCGUGGACACAGUGGAGAUCGUAGCCUGCAGCUUCUUGGUCGACUCGUUGGUAACAAAAAUGCAAUAUAAAGGCUCCUUUGAAAACAUGCCUGAAACAUCAGUUGGGCAGUUGGGAUACAGACAGGGAGGCAGGCAGGAAGGGGUGAGGGGGGAUUGGUCUCUGGAGAAGUAUCACAUGUUACUAUACCGGAACACAAUGUUCACACAGCCAUGUGCAUUCUACCGGCAUGGAUUCACACAGCCCCCUCAGUGUUCACCUCCAAAACCCGCUAGCCCCCAAGGCCCGGAAGACAGGGCGGGGUUCUUUCUGAGGGCCCCAGGUUUUAGCGUCCGCUAAUGGCUUGAUAUAUGUGAAGGCUCAGGCGAGGUACAAGGACUGUGUGUAAGGUGAAGGUUCUGCAAUGGAGAUGGGUGGGGGUAGGGAGUUUGGGGGCCCCGUGUAGCUCAGUUGGUAGAGCAUGGCGCUUGCAACGCCAGGGUUGUGGGUUCGAUUCCCACGGGGGGCCAGUAUGAAGAAAAAGUAUAUAUAUAUGCACUCACUAACUGUAAGUUGCUCUGGAUAAGAGCGUCUGCUAAAUGACUAAAAUGUAAAACACACCUCACCCCCUCCAAUCACACACACCUACACACAUUACCCCCUCCAAUCACACACACCUACACACAUUACCCCCUCCAAUCACACACACCUACACACAUUCCCCCCUCCAAUCACACACACCUACACCAUUACCCCCUCCAAUCACACACACCCUACACACAUUACCCCCUCCAAUCACACACCCCCUACACACAUUACCCCCUACCAAAUCAACCACCUACCACCACCUACCACACCUCACCCCCUCCAAUCACACCACACCUACACACAUUACCCCCCCAAUCACCACACUACACACCCCCUCACACACCCCUCCAAUCACACACACCUACCACCUUACCCCCUCCAAUCACACACACCUACACACCUCACCCCCUCCAAUCACACACACCUACACACAUUACCCCCCUCCAAUCACACACACCUACACACCUCACCCCACUUCAAUCACACACACCUACACACAUUACCCCCUCCAAUCACACACACCUACACACCUCACCCCCUCAAUCACACACACCUACACACAUUACCCCCUCCAAUCACACCACACCUACACACCAACCCACUUCAAUCGCUAUUUAAAUUACAUAGUCAGGCUGGAUCCAGCACAGAUCGUGAAUAUGUUGACCUGGCAAACCCUUAUGGGGAUUCACCCAGACAAGGCCGUGCUCACCAGAUGGAGCUACAGAGAAAACAUAAACCACCAGCCUUCAUACACCCCACACCUGUCCGUCGCAUGGCCACUAACUAAACUACCCCUCCCAAUCAGAAGCACUACUCCUACCCACUCAAUGAAGACACACACAACUAGCCCCCAUUAAGCCUCCUAAGCCAUACCCCUAAUUGAUUAGAUGUAACAGUCAUGCUCUGGAAUCCGCACAUGAUCAGUAGAGUAGUUAGACCUGUCACGCCGUGGGGUCAUUCAAAUGGGCUGCAGUAGACUGAUGGAGAAGAAUAAACCAGCCUUACUUCCACAUCUUCGGUCGGCAUGGGGGGCCUGUACAAACCUCCAAUGGCAGUGAUCUUCUCCUAUAAUGGAACAUAGACUGUAGAGCUCAUAGUUCCACGCAGCUAAUUAUUGACUGGACUAGAUGUUCAUGGUAACACUGCACCGACCAGUGUUUCUCAUGUCAUUUAGAUGGACUUUAGCUAACAUGAGACAAGUAAAGCUGUGACUUGACCUAGGGUUAGAACAAAUGUCAUGACAGUUGUUUUCCAAACAUGACUGGGGCUGUUACACGCUGUUAUGUCAUGGCUAUGAUGACUUCAUGUAGACUUUACGACUCAGUGGUUUCCCCAUUUAGAGCUGGCUAAACUUCCCCCUCUACACAAACAUGCAAAGUCACACACAGGUACACACUGCAGACAUUGGUGUCCAAAAUGAUGGGAAGUCCUUUAUGAAAGCUAAUUCUACAGGGCUGAGAAUUGUACGCAGUGUAUGGUGCUAUACUUCAUACCUAACGCUCCAGUGUUGAAAAGUUACCCAGUAAUGAAAUAUGACAUGAAUGAUAUGUUAACAUUUUGUUCUACCUAACAAUUGCUAUACUUUAUAUCAUAAACCAGUAGACCUUAUGUCUUAAUCAUGUAUUCAACUUUGUGGUGGGGGUAAAUCUAAAGAGAACAUGAAGCGAACCCAGGGUUGCUUUAUGCCUGGAUAUCAGAUCCACUGACACCGCAUUCUCUUUGUUUUCUCUGUCUCUCAGAACACAUUCUGGUUUGGCCUAGGCUGCUGUGCCCUAUUCCUCCUUCCUAGCAUCAUCCUGUCAGUAAAACUGGCAAAGUUCUACCGUAGAAUGGACACAGAGGAUGUUUACGAUGAGUGAGUAUCUCUACUCCACUUUGAAUAUUAUGCCAUCACAAAUAGUUUGUCAUAUCUGUAAAGAACCCUUUGAUCAUCCUCUUAAUUCAACUAUAGCUGAGGUUUGGAAGUCUCCUGCUGUUAAUUUGUAGUGCAACCCAGCGAUUAGUUUGACGUAUGGUGAUCCUUAUUACAGCCUUUUUCCCUGCCAUUGGCCCACUCCACCUAGCACUUUUCCCCUGCCUAUUUGGUUAAAGAGGCCAUACAGUUGAUUUGAGGGCCUUUGCACCCCACCUGGAAAAUAAUCUAGGGCAAACACUGCUUUUUUAGACCGUUAUUAUACAUAUUAAAGAGACUGUAAUGGGGAGGAGUCAGGAUUACAACGUGGUAAUUAACACAAUUUGAUUCAGUCCCACAACCGACAAGUUAAAUAUGAGGUUAUAGAAUUGCUUCUGUGCUGUGGUGCUAGCUACUCCUUUCUUUCUUGUUUACUAUCUUUUUCCCCUCUUCUGUCUAUUGCAAUACAGUAGCAGUAACUUAGUAGUACAUAGUAGUAACUUAGUAGUAAGUAGUAUUAAUAGGAGUAGCAAGUUAAAGUAACUUAACUCUUUCUACUGCUUCAUUCUCUCUCUCUCUUCCCUUGCAGUUCAUCUGUUUCUGGGACUUGGCAUUUUACUUUGUGAUAACCAUUCCUACUAUUUCCAUCUUCUUCCAUCCUUAUUUUUCAUUUAAUUUCUCUCUGUCAAGCACUUUGCACUUUAAGAAAACAAACAGCGUAUUAAGAGUUGUGGAAUACUAUUCAUAUUGUUUUAUGCAUCCUUCAGUCGCCCUCGCCUCGCCCAUGCACUUACAGUAGUGAAAAAAUGCAAUAGACAAGUCACCAAGUGUCUUGAUCAAUGACGUGUAUCGAUGUCAUCUGAUCAGUACUAUUGUGCCCAAAGCCUUCUGGUGCAUUUCUAUUGCAGAGCAUUUCAUUAACAUUUUUGCUUUUUUUAUAUCUUUGUAGCAUUGAGACAAUUCCCAUGAAAACGUAAGAUUCAUUUUACCCAUUUUACCUCUCCUUUCUCCUUCCAGUAUAACUAACUCAUUGGUACAUCUGCGCUUUUCUGUGGAUUUUGUACAUAGAUUUCAUUGCUGAUUUCUUGGUGCAGGUUUUAUGUUUUUAGGUAUGAAAUGCAUCUCUUGGUUGAUCAUUUUGGAUUUCCUUUGUGUGCAAUCUUGAAGAAAUGCCCCUUGUUGAUGAUUAAGGGCUCUUACAAUCAUUAUCUUACAAAAGCAAAAGUCCACCUCUGUUUUUGUAAGUUAAGAUGUAAGAUAAUUUUAUACGUUCACGGCUUUCUAUAUGGAAACAUUUGUUUGUGUCUAGAAUCCUACUCCUAUUUAGAGAGGUUGAUAGCAUGCCAUGUCCCUCACCUCAUAUUUUUUUUGUAUACAAUGUUUUGUUUCAGUAUGGAAAUUGGUAAUAAUGGUUAUCAUAAUGAGUGUUUACAAGGUAUCCAAAACCCUGUAAUGACAAGGUAAAUUAAAUAUAAAGCAGGCCAUGUUUCAGGGAGGGACGGGUGCAGGGGCGGCAUGUUGGCCUAGGGGCAGUCAGUCACUCAGGGGGUGGUUAAAAAAGGUGGAUGGGACACUGCAUGCCCUAGGGCGUUGGCUAGCCCCUCAGACACAUCUGGAGGUCAGCUGGACUCUUUCUGCUUUGCUGGUUGCGGCUCCAGCAUUGGGAGGUUGUGAGCAAGAUAGCUAGGCCACUGUUUAAGCAUGUGUGUUUUGGGUUUGGCAUGAUCUUUGGAGCAUUACUAACUUACCCACUGCAUGCUCUGUGCACGAUGACUUGAUCAAGUGAAAUGAAAUUCCUUGCAUGUCUCCUCUUCUUUAGAAUUGGGCAAACUGCUGUGAAUGUACACGUGAUACUUUUGGUCAAAUAGAGGCAGAAAGAGAGGCAAGCAUGUCUGCUUUGGUGUGGUACUACUGAGACAACUGCUCAUGUGACUAACUUCUUCUAACAACGUCUAACAGCAUGGUUUUCAUUGAAAUGUACAACAGGCAUGUCUUUGGACAGCCAAAAUGUUUGAACGAUAACAGUGUCUAGACACAGAGAGCAUCUCCACAGAAUGAUUGAUACGGGAAAAUAACAAUAACGAACCUGCCACCUAGGGCUUGUCUUAUUACAACCAACCCAAUAAUCAGCAAUUCACCAUGGUUGGCUUAUCUUAUUACAACCGACCCAAUAAUCAGCAAUUCACCAUGGUUGGCUUAUCUUAUUACAACCGACCCAAUAAUCAGCAAUUCACCGUGGUUGGCUUGUCUUAUUACAACCGACCCAAUAAUCAGCAAUUCACAGUGGUUGGCUUGUCUUAUUACAACCGACCCAAUAAUCAGCAAUUCACGUGGUUGGCUUGUCUUAUUACAACCGACCCAAUAAUCAGCAAUUCACAGUGGUUGUCUUGUCUUAUUACAACUGACCCAAUAAUCAAUAAUUCACCAUGGUUGGCUUGUCUUAUUACAACCGACCCAAUAAUCAGCAAUUCACCAUGGUUGGCUUGUCUCUAAAAGUCAAUAGAAAAUCAGUUUGGAUAGAGUGGUUAUUAUUUCUCCAGUUCAGUGCAUGUGCAGCACGUGUAUGGUGACUGCAUACAUUCACCUUGGCAUCAUUCCAUCCCUGGUUGGCCUCAAGCCCUCAGCAAGUGUCGAUGGAGUGGCUCUGCUCUCUGUGUCUUGGGAAACUCCUGCCCGUUGCUCUCGUCAAGUGAAGGACCUGGAAGCGAGAGGCAGGGCCUAACAAAAUGGUUGACCCUUGAAUGUUCCCUUUUCCUGCCAUUGAUGUUGUCCCCCAUCUCUGUACCCCUGUGCCUCUAGCAUCCCUGCCUAUGACACUAUGACUAGGUUCCCACGGGCAUCAGCUCCCCCUAGGCAUAUCGACUGGUGAGAGAAGGCCGGGCUUUUUGACCGGCUCCAGAAAGGUACUGAGAACCACUGAUCACUGGGACGAUGUCUCUCCGUCCGCCUCCUCAGCAUUAUCCUCCCUUCCUUGUUCUCUCUUCAACCUGCUGUUUGUCUGCAUACCAUUGCCACUCUGAAAACCCUCCAGAGCUUCCACAGUCUCUUCUCUCUUAUCUCAUCCUUUGCUUGACACUAUCUUUUUUUCUUCUUUAAUUUUCUUAUGCUACCCCCAUUUUCACAGCUUGUUUUAGCGCUUGCAUGUCUGCUUCACUGACUUUGCAGAAAGUCUUCACGGUGAGGAUUGCUGUUUUUGGAAUCACUUAUAAACCCUAAACUGUAUAUGGUUUGAUGGUAUUUGUGUCUAACCACUUGUAACUGCUCUGUAAAUUUACUGUAGACCAGACCCGCUGUGUGUGUUUGCUAUUCUGUGCUAGUCUCACUUCUCUCAUUUCAAAACUCACAUUUCAUUGCUUUAAUUUCUCCCUUGAGGCUCUCAUUGGCAAAAGCAAUAAGCUUCUGAAUUAUCCAAUUAAAUGUGAUGCAAUUAAAUGUCAAUCUUUUCUGAUACAGUAUCUUCUCUUCUACAGUGCCAUCGGAAACUGGAACUGA